ACAGGACGAAUGAGGGAGUUGACUCAUUUCCUUUCCAUUUCAUCUCUCUCUUCCUCUCUUUUAUCUCUUCACAUAUAGAUGCAUCAUCAUCUUCUUCUCCUUCUUCACAUAUUUCAUUUUUGUUAAUAUCCCACUGAGCAGUGCAGCUUGUUAGCGUGAAUUGACAUACAUUUGGCAACAGAUCUGUAAAGGAGGACUAGAGUCCUAAUUGGGAGAGAUUAGAGAGUGAGAUGGGUAGCUGCAAAAGAAAGGAGGACGCUGUGGAACACAACUUUGAUGUUAUAGUGGUGGGAGGUGGGAUCAUGGGGAGCUGCACAGCCUAUCAAACAUCAAAGAGGGGGUACUCUACACUGUUAUUAGAACAGUUUGAUUUGCUGCACAACAGGGGAUCUUCCCACGGAGAGUCUCGAACUCUCCGUGUCACCUACCCUGAGCCUUACUACUCUUCCAUGGUCCUAGAAUCCUCUAAGUUAUGGGAAGACGCUCAGUCUCAGAUUGGGUAUAGAGUCUUGUACCCCACCAACCAGCUCGACAUUGGUCAAGCUAGUGAUCGGUCUCUCCAGGCCGCCAUUCAGAGCUGUCGGUCCAACUCCAUUGAGUUUCGGGUGCUUGAUCAUGUACAAGUGUCUCAGGAGUUCUCUGGAGGGGUGGUAGUACCGGAGGACUGGAUUGGGGUUGUCAGUGGAGGGGCUGGUGUAAUCAAGCCUACCAAAGCUGUGUCCAUGUUUCAAACCUUAGCCUUUCAUAAUGGCGCAAUUCUGAAAGACAACAUGAAGGUUACCGACAUAAGCAGAGAUAUUCACGGCUGCAUAGUGGUUUCCACAGCUACAGGGGAGAAAUUCUUUGGCAGGAAAUGUGUGAUCACAGCUGGUGCAUGGAUGAGUAAGCUGGUAAAGGUGGUGACAGGGCGUGAAGUUCCUAUUCAACCUUUGGAGACUACCAUAUGCUAUUGGAAGAUCAAGAAAGAGCAUGAAAGAGAUUACUCAAUUGAUGGGAGAUUUCCUAGCUUUGCUGGGUACGGGAAUCCAUACAUAUAUGGUACUCCGUCUUUAGAGUAUCCUGGGUUGAUCAAGGUUGGGGUACACGGAGGACGAUUCUGUGACCCAGAUAAACGAUCUUGGACCCCUGAUCCAAAGUUAAUGGACUUUCUUAGGAAGUGGGUCCAAGAGAAGUUCGGGGGUCGAAUUGAGCAUGAUCAUCCAGUCUCAGCGCAAUCCUGCAUGUACUCAAUGACCCCGGAUGAGGAUUAUGUGAUAGACUUCUUAGGAGGCAAGUUUGGGAAGGAUGUGAUAGUUGCGGGUGGAUUUUCUGGACACGGAUUCAAGAUGGGUCCAGUGAUAGGGAGGGUGGUGGCUGAUUUGAUGCUCCAUGGUGAAGCCAAAGGGAUAGAGUUGCAGUACUUUAAACUUGACAGGUUUGACAAGAAUCCUAAAGGUAACAUCAAGGAGUUUGCGGAACAAGUAGGUACCUCCAAGCUAUGAGGUAGCCAAGGUUGUUGCUGAGAUUAGAUGGUGGCAUUCUUUCCUAUGCAUAUUGGAACAAAUUUCCUGUCAUAUAUUUUUGCUAAUUAAACCAUCAUAUUCAUAAUCAUCACUGAAGAAUUGGACUUCAAGGUUCUUUGUUGAUGUAUUUGGUUUUCAUUUGCUUCUGUAUGGCAAUUGGCAAGGCCAUUUUGCCUGUGUGCCAGUUGUGUAUGUGAGACUAAUAUUGGGGACUUUGUUGUAUACUUGUAUAUUUAUGGUUUGAUUAAUUGAAGGUCUAUCUAUGUUUUUUUAGCA